AUGAGAGCCAACACGCAGCAUGAGGCCUGGGGCCCACGGCCUGCCCGAGACCUGCUGAGCUGCGGGGUGCACGGCGCGGGGUCUGGGCGAGGAGACCUGCUGAGCUGCGGGGUGCACGGCGCGGGGUCUGGGCAAGGAGACCUGCUGAGCUGCGGGGUGCACGGCGCGGGAUCUGGUAUCAGGCGGCUGGAGAGGCCAGGCCAGGGGUGCGGGAGCAGCGGGCGGCCGGAGAAGCCAGGCCAGGGCUGUGGGAGCAGCGGGCGGCCGGAGAGGCCAGGCCAGGGGUGUGGGAGCAGCGGGCNGGCGGCCGGAGAGGCCAGGCCAGGGGUGUGGGAGCAGCGGGCGGCCGGAGAAGCCAGGCCAGGGGUGCGGGAGAAGCGGGCGGCUGGAGAGGCCAGGCCAGGGGUGCGGGAGCAGCGGGCGGCUGGAGAGGCCAGGCCAGGGGUGCGGGAGCAGCGGGCGGCUGGAGAAGCCAGGCCAGGGGUGCGGGAGCAGCGGGCGGCUGGAGAGGCCAGGCCAGGGCUGUGGGAGCAGCGGGCGGCUGGAGAGGCCAGGCCAGGGCUGUGGGAGCAGUCAGUGACCAGAGAAUCUAGGCCGGGGGAGCGGGAUCAGCGGGUAGCAGUGGGAAAGAGGCUGGGGGUGCGGGAGCAGCGGGUGGCAGUGGGAGUGAGACCAGGGGUGCGGGAGAAACGGGUGGCACUGAGAGAGAGGCCGGUGGUAGGAGGGGUGAGGCCAGGGCUGCGGGUGGCCAGAGGGACGAGGCCGGGAGCACGUGCACGGGUGGCAGCGAGGGUGAAGCCAGGAGUGCGUGUUCGGGUGCCAGGGGGGGUGAGUCUGGGGUUACAGGAGGAGCAUCUGGUAGAAGAGGGGAGCCUGGGAGUAGAGCAGCAACCUCAGGAGGAUGGAACAGUGAGCUCAGGGGUUCAGGAGCAGGGUCUGGCUCUGGGAGCCCCCCAGGAGCAGGGUCUGGCUCUGGGAGCCCCCCAGGAGCAGGGGGUGGCCCUGGGAGCCCCCCAGGAGUGGGGAGAGGGCCCGAGGGUGCAGCACCAGCCUGAAGGGGAAGGGGAGGCGAGCCCGGGAGUGCAGGGGGGCCAGCAGGGAGAGCAGCACCAGCAGGAGAAAGGAGGGUUUGUCAGGGGCCUGCAGGAGAAAGGGGGCCUGAGGCUGGGCCUGCAGGAGGAGGUGCUCAGGCUGGGUGUGCAGGAGGAGACGCUCAGGCCUGGGGUGCAAGGGCAGUCUCGGGAGCCAGAGUGGCUGAGCCCAGGUGUGCAGGAAGCCGGGGGGACCCUGGGUGUGCAGCAGCUGCAGCGCAGGGUGGGGAGGCGGCGAGCAGCACAGGUGUAGGGCGUGAGAGGAGUGAGCCCAGGAGCCUAGCACGGUCUCCGGCCCAGAACCUUAGCAGGGUACCAGCACCAGCUGGUGAACCCAGGAGAGUGGCCUCAGCGCUGGCACCGCCGCUAGCCGGGGAGCGCAGCACCACCCUCAUCCCGUGAGCGUGG